AUGCAUCUUGCCUUGAAAGUCAGUGGAGUUGCUGGUCAAGUAGUUAAUAGUUUUGAUGUCAACAUUGUUGCUAAUGCGGUAUACAAGCACAAUUUCAAUAUUGAGCCAAUAAAGACAUCAAUAGAUGUACUUAAGCCACAAGACAUUGACAAGCACAACGCCAACUGUUGGCUUCUAAGCCCGCCAUGUCAACCGUAUACAAGAGGUGGCAAACUGUUGGAUGAUAAAGAUAAUAGAGCAAAACCGCUCCUGCAUCUCAUUGAAUUGCUGCCCCAAUUGCGUUACCCGCCAAAAUUCAUAUUUGUUGAAAAUGUAUUGAACUUUGAGAAAUCCAAGUGCAGAGAAAAACUUGUCAGACAGCUUUGUCAUCUUAAUUAUUCAAUUACUGAAUGUUUAUUGAGUCCAUUGCAAUUUGGUAUUCCAAAUGAUAGGCUUCGUUAUUAUCUUGCCGCUCAGCGCAGCCAUGCGGCUCGAGCGCAGCCGGCUGAAGAGUACCCUUCUACUGCGUUCAUACACACAACUUGGCCAUUCUUUCCUGCAGACGAAUCUGCUACAACGGCCACUACGCUCAGUACAUCUAAGCCAUCGAUGACUCAAACCUUCAAAGUCUCUACUCUCGAUUAUUUCUUGCAGAGCCCACGAUCAAAUUUCAACGAAUUCCUCGUGCCGCGCGAGUAUUUAAUUAAAAAUUUGCAAGGGUUCCGAUUUGGUAGGUACUAUAACAGAUUUCGGAUGGGAUCGUUAACGCGAACUAAUCCAAAGCAGGUUGAAUACGAUUUUAGUAACCCAGUUUCGUUACUGAAUCUUGGAAUCCGAUUCUUUACGCCGCUGGAAAUUGCGAGAUUACAUACGUUCCCGGUCGAAUGGGAAUGGGAAUACUGGAAUGAUAAUAACGUCAAUGGUGAUGAUCGUGAUCUGAAUAAUAAGCAACCCAACAACGGCAAAUUACCAAGAACAUUUCACCCAAACUUGUUGGGAAGCGAUAAAUUCACAUUUCCAGAGAACAUCACUAAUAUACAAAAGUACCGGUUGUUAGGGAAUAGUUUAAACGUCUGGGUAGUAGCUGAAUUGUUCCGGUGUGUGCUAUUUAUGGAAGAGCAGAAUUAG